GGCCGGUCAAUUGUUGGAUGGGUGGAAUUAGUGCGUUUUUGCAUUUCGAACGAGGUGUUGGUUUUGAAGACGGUCGAUUAUUGGGCGAGCCAAGUGAAAAUAUAUGUGUUUAUAUAUGUGUACAUAUGUACAUGUGUGUUCAUAUGAGUGGUAUGAAGAAAAUUACAAAAUGAAUUUAAUAUAGCAAAGCUGGAGAAAAAAUUGAACAAAAACCGUAAAAAAAAAGGCGGUGUAGAAGUUAACUAAUAAAACAAAAACAACAUCUAACGAAAAAAAAACAAAAAAUAAAUAAAAGAUAAACAAAAUAGUGUUGUGAGAAUUAAAUGAAUUUAUAUAUGUAAAUGUACAUAUGAAUACGCGAUUACAAACACCCGCACGUAUGUUUGGCUGGGUUUACAUACAUGUAAAUAUGUAUAUAGAAAUGUGUACAUAUGUAUAUGCAUGCAUGACUUUUGAAUAGCCGGGAUUUGCGCUCAAGCUUCGCAUGGAGCAUUUGUGAGGGACACCUCUUCAGGGAUUAAUUGGAUUUAAUGAACGCAGAAUGAAUCGGAUUGUCGUCGGGGCGUUGCGAUAAUAACAACAAGAAUAACAAAAAACGACUCAAGACACAAUACGAUAAUACUCAUAUUAAUCAAAUGAAGUGUACACAAACUGGCGAGCUAUUAGUAUUUACAUACACACAACCACACAUACGCAAAUGCAAGCCAGUUUGUACUGACAGUCAAAUAAACAAAUAUAUGUAUAUUUAUACAUAUGUACAUAUUUAUGCAUAUAUAAACAUAUGAAUAUAUAUAAGCAAAUACAUAUGUAUGUAUGUAUGUAUGUAAAUGUACAUAUGUAUGUAUCUUAAUAUUUUUUAUGUACGGCAUCUCAGCUAACUUAACAGCUUUACGAGACGUACAAAUAUCCGAUGAUAUACUAUAAAAUACGUAAACAACAUACAUGUGUGUGUAUGUAUGCAUGUACAUAUUCAUAUAUAUGUAUGUAUGUAUGUACUUUGGCUUGUGCACAAAGAUAUGUAAAUGUAAAAACUAUCCCAGUCACUCGAAAGUCCGCCGGCAGCGGGUGUUGCUCCGUAUAGUCAGAUCCUCAUAUGAAAUCAAUGAGAGAGCAACCAAUGAGAAAGACUAAACCAAUGAGUAUGAGAACAUACAUAUGUAUGUACAUGCGGACAUGUAUGUAUAUGUACUACGUACUCGGACAUAUCUGCUGCUUAUAAGCACAAACAAUUGUUGCGGUUGAGGAGAUCGUCACCUUAUCAAUGAAUUAUGAAGAACAAGUGUUAGCCACAAAAACGAUGAAAAGAAAUAAAUAAAGCGCGGAAAAUAAUCAAAUUUUUACAAAUCACAAAGAAAAAAAAAUAGAAAACCAAUUGCAAAAUUAUAAAAGUUUCUCAAAACAUAUUUAAUUGACUGGAAGUUACUUUACCAUAUAAAAAAAAAUUAUAAAAAUAAAACUGUGUUUUAAUUUGUGAACUUAGUAAAGUGUGUAGAUUUUAAAAAAUUAACGCAAAAAUUCAAGAGUUAAACAAAUCAGUGUAGCGCACAAAGCCAUCGUGAAAGCUAAGCGGGAACAUCAACCACAUCUAUUCAUUCGUCAUAAAAUGUAUUGGUGUUAGUGAUAGUGAUAUAGCGACAAACAAAUGUGCCAUUAAUUCGAUUGAAUUUACACAACAAUAAUUGUUAAUUAUAAAUCGAUUGUUGCUGGAAGGUGUGAGACAUUUUCUAAGCUGUCAUAUUAAUUUCAAGAGCAUAUUUCUUGCUGCUGUACCAGUAUAAUGCGAAGGACAUAGACCCUACUGCUGAAGUGUUUGAAUUUAAAUUGUGAGCUGCUGCCGCUGUCGUUGCACACUGACCUCUGCGGUAGCGAGUAGUAUGGCGUGGACGGGGCUUGUAUUAACAUAAUCAACACGGCGAAAACGGAAGUCGAGCGCAUAAUCGAAAUUGCCAACGGUCAGGAUAUGACAUGAAAACGUCGAUGUGUAUGUGAAAGUGUAGCAAUAGUUGGCAGCAUGUAAAAGAAAGCGAAGAAAGCGCGAAACAGUUCCACUGCAUUGUGUUCAAGGGAAAAUUAUGUGAGGGGCAAGAAAUUGUCAAAUUGAAGCGCUAGCAAAUCACGGAAGUGAGUUUAUGAAUUUUUGAAAUUUAAAUGGAUAUAUUCCACGAUAUUUGCAUAUACUGCAGGCCAUACAUAGAACGUUGUGGAAAAGUACUACCAAUGGCACAGCUGUGAGGGUAUGUUGGCGUUGGUAUUUAAGCGCAAAAUUACAAAGCUAGCGCGCACAGGCAACGAAAGGAUAGUUACACAAAUGCGCUGCUAAGUCGAGCACCGGCAUCUCAAGGGAAUAUGUGAGUGAGCAAGCGUGUGGAUGUGCAAAAAACGUAGUACACAAAGGUGCAGAAGAGAAGCAAAAGAAAAUAUGCCUAGUGAGAAGAAAAGUGCUAGGGUUUGAAAUGAACGCAGCAGGAAGAAAGUAAGCAGCGAAAAGGUGCAGAAUUACAAACUUGAAAAAGUAAAACUAAUAAUAAAGUCUACUCGCCACGCUAUGAAAUAACAAGGAAAGUGUUUAGGAUUUUUCACUAAUCUUCGGGUGAAAUAAUCGAGUGAUACGUUGGUGUUGGGUGACAUUCAAUCAACUGGACCAGUACGCCUGCGCGCGCGCUCUAUCGUUUAUCGAAAUACGCAAGUGAUACCCUUUCCCCAUCAGUAGCGCGCUGUCAUUCUCUCCUCGCCCCAUUUUCUCUGCAUCUAUCUCCUUCUCUCUAUCGCGUUCACUCUCUCUCUCUUUCUCAACUGAUCGAGCUGCUCACUCGCACACUCACUUGAUUGCGCAAUUGAUCUUGUGGCUCUUUGGCUUAUAAAUGUACAAGGACAGCAGCUACCGCAGCAGUCCGCAGCCAACACCGCCCAAAGCAACGCCAGUAACAACAACAGCAGCAGCAGAUAAUAUAACAGUCGUAACAACAACGGCAACAGCAACAAUCACAGCAGCCGAGCUUACGGCGAGCACACAACCAAGUGAGACUGAGAGUGCAUCCGGAGUAGUUGUCGCAACAUCUCACACGACAAAUGAGCCUGCCGCCACUGGAGCGACAGUGAGCAGCAUAGCAGAAGCAUCAGCCGAAGCUGCUAGCGCAGCACACGUUAGCAUCAGCACCAGCAGCAACACGCCCAUCACACUCAGCCUCGCAGCCGAACACUUGGAGGCGGAGUAUUACCAACUCAGCUGCGCCUCAGAUUGUUCGGUGUCGUCAACAUCCUCAUCAUCCCACACCUCGUGCAGCGGCAGCGACGACAGCGAGAACAGUGAAGUAUACACAUUUCGUGCGCGUCCCGCUUUCCCCGCACACACCUUACGCGCUAUACCCAAGCGGCGCGCUACUCUACGCCGCGAACACGCACACAGCGAUAGUCAGCAAGCGACGCCACUAGACGUCCCGAGUCGCCGUGGCAGCGCUGUAAGUGGCCUCAGCGGCGGUAGUGGCAUCAGCGGCGGCAGCAGCAGCUGUCGGCAUCAUAAACAGCAUAAGCGUGCCAGUAUCAGCGCUGAUGUGCGCGUUUUGCGCAAAAUCGGUUAUAUUGCGUCACGCGUACGCUUUUUAGCAAAAAUCUAUGGUGAUUUCAAGUUGGUGAAUCCUUAUAGUCCAGCCAAACAGCGCAAGCAAUUACAGGAUAUACUACUGCGCCAUUCGAUACCCGAUACAGAACGUAGAAGUGCGGCUGCUGCGUCGGGUUACCGAACGAAGCGUAUAACGACGGCGGUUGACGCCUCGGUGGCGGUAGCGGUAUCGGCAGCCGUAACGACCACAACGUCGGCUACACCGCUAGCCCGCCAACGCAGUGUAACGCCCGAUAGCUCUUUGGCAAGCAGCAGUUACGGCAUUACAAAAACGAGCGACGACACUAAAACGGCGUACGAGGACGAACAGGCAGCGCAGGCGCCUAGGGCUGAAGAAGAGCCGACGCUGAGCUCCAUAGAGGACGACGAGGAAGAGACUUCUGCGACAUACACAGCGGGCACGGUACGCCGCAAGUCGUCCGUGGUUGUAACGGGCGUGGACGAGACCGCCACAUCGAAACAUUCACUUGCUGUACUUGAGGAGCUGCUGGUACAGUUCUAUGAGCAGCGACAGCAUCGCAUCACCGUAAUACGGCGCCGACAGCACAGUCGUCGCGGCAGUCAGCGUGGUAACGGUAAAAUCACAACAAGCAACAAACAGCUGCCAACGCAGCAGCCACAAAAGCUAAUCAUUAUGAGCGGUGGCAGCGCUGUUGCGAUGGACAGUAACGUCGGGCAACAGCUACUGCAUACAACCGCCGAUAUAGAACAGCAAACGAAUUUACGUAAUGCCAAUAAUCUGUGUAACAGCAGUAAUACAGCUGAUAGCAGUAGCCAAGUAACAGCCACAACGCAACAAAGCAGCACAACAGCUGCGGCAGCCAUAAAUACACCCGCAACUACAUCUAGUCAAACACAAAAGCCACCGCAGCAGCAACGCAGCUACAGCAAUGCCUUCCUGCAGCCGUUUAGCAUUAGUGGCUGUAUGGAUCGUCGGCGGCGCGCCAGCGAUUGCUCAACGCAUCCUAGUAGCCAGCAAUUGUUGCAGCAGCAGCUGUUAAGCAAUCAAUUGCAAGUAACUCUAAAAAACAACAACUACAACGCAUUUACUGCGGGUGUUGGUGGCAAAUUUCCUUAUCAUCGCGGCAGCUGUGGGGGCGCGGGCGAGCAUUUGCUGGCUGCCAAUUCCAUUGCCAAUCGUUCGACGAUCAUACUGAGCAAAUCUUGUAGCAAUGUGGAAGGUGGACCGGCGGCACUUCAUGGCGGUGUUGGUGGCGGUAAUGGUGAUGUGAUACGCAAAUUUAGCUUGGGCGGUCACGUAGACGCAUCGAGUAAUGGCAAUAUGGCGUCGCCAGCGUUGACACCCUCACCAACACAGCAGCCGCAGUUAGCGGCCACACAUGCGGCAUCACCACAAGCACAACAACAGCAGCAACAACAACCCACCGCUGGCGUUCCGGGCAGCAAUGGCAACAACGAGUACAACAUUGUGCAGUUGAAUAACACGAUAAUACAGUGUCACUUCAACGAUGAGGAUUUUCGGGCGCUCAUCAAAGACCUGAAACGCAAAGUGGAGUACACCGAACGCAUGAAUUGGCUAUGUCUUUCCAAGCGUCCGAUGGGUCCGCCGCAUCGCAAAAGCAGUCUACCAAAGCAUCAGGAGGUGAAGAAGCGUUUUCUGGAAAUUUGUGAUACGAACUUCUCGGAUGAGGUGAAAGCUGCACUACGCUUGCCCGCCUUCGAUUCGUAUGAAUGGGGUGAUGCCGAUGUUAUACACCUAAUGCAAACGAUGUUCCUCGAAUUGGGCUUCAUAGAUAAAUUCAAUAUACCGAUUGAGACGUUACGCGAAUGGCUGUAUGAGGUCUACAAGCAUUACAAUGAGGUGCCGUUUCACAAUUUCCGGCAUUGCUUCUGUGUGGCGCAAAUGAUGUACGCCAUGACACGCCAUGCCAAUCUGCUGCAACGACUAGGCGACCUGGAAUGCCUGAUAUUGCUGGUGUCGUGCAUAUGCCAUGAUCUCGAUCAUCCAGGCUAUAAUAAUAUCUAUCAGAUAAAUGCGCGCACCGAAUUGGCGCUCAGAUAUAAUGACAUCUCGCCGCUGGAGAAUCAUCACUGUUCAAUAGCAUUCCGCUUGCUGGAGCAUCCCGAGUGUAAUAUCUUUAAAAAUUUCGGCAGAGACACAUUCAAAGAAAUACGUGAGGGCAUCAUACGCUGCAUAUUGGCUACGGACAUGGCGCGUCACAAUGAAAUACUAACACAGUUUAAGGAGAUUACACCCGUAUUCGAUUAUUCAAAUCGCGCACACAUAAAUUUGCUCUGUAUGGUGCUGAUUAAAGUGGCGGACAUCUCAAAUGAGGCGCGUCCCAUGGAUGUUGCCGAACCUUGGCUUGAUCGACUGUUACAGGAAUUUUUCGCACAAAGCGCUGCCGAAAAGUCUGAAGGCCUGCCAGUCACACCCUUCAUGGAUCCGGACAAAGUAAGCAAGCCGGGUUCACAGGUGCGUUUCAUUGGUUUGGUGCUAUUGCCGCUCUUCGAAGCGCUGGGUGAUUUGGUGCCUGAAGUGAUUGAAUUGAUUAUCAUACCAGUGCGCAUAGCGCUCGAUUACUACAGACGCUUAAACGAUGCUCAAACUAAAUCGCGCAAAUCUGUUGCAGACACCGCCUCAAUGGCCGCAUCGGACAACAUUAGCGCCGCCUCGGAUGGUGGCGGCAGUACGACUGCUGUAUAUACAAGUGGCGGCCAUGCACACAGCCCAGCGGCUGGCACCAAUGGUCAGGCUGCGGGUGCCAGCACCGCCUCCACAGGCAGCGCCACCACCGGUACCGGUGGCGGUGGCUCUGGCAGUGGUGGCACCAACUCUGGCGGCAGUAUUUCACCACAAAUGCCACGCUCACAAUCGGGCAUUAGUGUGAAGUCCCGCCGGAGUAUACCAUCACAGAAAUCUGCCUCUCGCACAUCCGUCGAUGAGCCGCAAUGCUUGGCAGCGGAGCUGCAUGAUUUGCCAGAGGGUAGUGAGAGUGGCGACUCGGAGACGGCUACGGAAGUGGAUGUCGCCGAGAAGACUUCCAAGUUCAAAGUGGACACCGAAGGCAGCAGCAAUCGCUCGAAAUCCUCUCAUUCAACUUCGCGAAAAUCGUCGCGCGAAAAGCGCCCCUCCAUGAUCGGCGAGAUGUGUAGCAGCGGGGGCGGUCAGCGCAUACGCAACUCAUACGGCAACAUACAUGGCUAUCACUCCAAUCGCUGUCACUUCAGUUCCAACCGCGCCGUUAGUCUAGAUCAGUACAGCACCAACAAUCGACGUCUCUCCGAUGGGCUUCAGCAGGUCAUCUCUGAUAGCAAUGUUUUUUACAACCGUCAUAAUCGUGGCAGUCUUGAAGCGACCGCUAGUCGUCUCGGUGAAGAUUUGAAUAUGAAUGCGACUGGAGUGUGUAGUGGCAGCGCUGGUGGCGGUGGCGGCGUUACAACUAGCAUUGCUGGUGUAACACAGUCCUCCGCGCAGCCGCUCAACCCGAACAAUGUGCCAAAUAUGGAGUGCAGCGCCGGUAUGGCAGCACAUGUUAGCGGCCCUUGCGCCAAUCAGUCUUGCCAGCAUCAUCAUGCACAUCAUACCUACCACACCCACGCCCACCUUCAGCAGCAGCAUCAACAGCCGCAGCCACACCUACAAUCAUCAUCGAAUGGCAAUCUCUCUCCCACCCAAUUGCUGCAACCGAAAAUGCAGCAACAUUGUUGUGCUGCAGCAGCGGCUGCAGCUGCUGCCGCCGCGGCAGCCAACACGUCCAACGGUCUGGGCGGCAAUGGCGUUGGAGGCUCCACCGUUUCUAAAUCCACCUGGAAGGCACGUCUCAAACAGUUCUCCGACUAUUUUGGCUUCUCCUUCGAUAAGGGCGGCAAGCGUUUCGGCAGCACACGUAGUUCACCGUGUUCGGCGCGCAACAACAAUACCACCGGUUUAGCGGGAGCGAAUCAAGCCGUAAGCGGCAGCGGAGCAAGUGGAUUUGAUCCGUUGCUAGGCGUUAGUGGCAGCGGUGGCAAGCCGCAGAGUAUUUGCUGCACCAUCUCGAAUAACCUGCAGUCCCCCGGGCUGCGUCACAAAUCGUUAGCGGCUGGUGCCGGUCUGCCGACACAUUCAGAGUUGGUGAAUGCCGGCCGUCUACGCGCCUACAGCCUGGACGUGCCCUGCAGCCAUACGAGUAAUCCGCGUUAUAGCAGCAGUAGUGGAGGCGGCGGCGAUAGUAGUCGCAAGUCAUCGCGACAUGAUGGUGGCACGACCGGCACCGGUGACGACAACAAUAGCAACAAUACGCUACAUAGCAGUGGUGGGGGUGGCAGCGAAAUGCCUACUUGCUUGCCUCCACCCAUACGUAUCGGCAGUGUCGAUGCCAGCGAUACGAUACUCAUUACAACCGGCCUGCCACGCGUUAUUACACCCGCUCAACUGGGUGAAGCCGAGCCAAGUUUGAGUAUUGAUUUGGGUAUGGCUAGUGGAUCCUCAUAUGAGCCGCCAAAAAUUUGACAACGGGGGAGCUCGGAGACGACAACGAAUUCGCUCUCGAAUAAUGGUGCAUUCGCAGCGCUGCUACAGCAACAGCAGCAACUCCAAAAGGAGGCGUCAUCGCUGCGGCACAGCUCCAGCUGUAACAUGUCGUCGAUGUCGCUGACCAUUUGGUCGGCGCUGGGGCAAAGACUCAGCGCAUUGGUGUGUCAUUGCUGCGAACGAAAGUUGCCCGAGCCGGAGAAUGUCUGAAGCGUACAGUAGGGUAGGGUAAAGUGAGGGGAGCGUGUAAGGAAACGGUGCUAGAGGUGCGGCAUGCUGUUAUUGUGCAUAAAAUGUUGCCGUGAAGCACAAUGGUUUAGAAAAAGGAAAGUUCCGUAAUGCAUGGCUAUAGUCCGCUUUAGAAUAUUUACUGUUUUAAUUGAAAAAAUCUACCAAGAGUUGCAAGUAGUUUAUUCAAUAUUUACUGGAGUUGAAGUGCUAGUGUUGCGGGCAACAUAUUUCUGUACUAGGUUAUAAAUGUAAUUGCACUCUACUAAAUUUCAUAAAUCCUAUUUGUACGCAUAAUCCUUUUCAAAUUACCAGUCAGCAGCAUGUUGCAAGCAACAUUUUUUGAAAGAUGUCUUUCUGCUUUAGAUAAGCGGCAAGCGGAUUUUGUAUUUAUUUUCAAAGACCGAAACAAAACUUUUCUUUUCUUAAUGGUCUUUUUUUAACUCAAAACUAAAGUUUUAUACAAAUUCUAACAAAUUUUUUUCUCGGUUUUUUACCCAAAACUAAGGUUUUAUAACUUGUGUAGUUUUCACCAAUCUAAAUGUUGCUCGUCUCUUGUGUAUUUUGGUGUUUUGGUGCUGUGCUGUAGGAAUAAUAUUUCAUUCGCUCACUAAGAACAAAAUAUUUAGAAUAAAAUAUUGUUGCGGCUUGGUAAAAUUUGAAAAAAUUACCGAUUGUCGAAAAAAUUAACGGACGUGACUCUGAACUGAGGAUGCGAAUAGUUGCUGCAGUCGAGAAAAAUAUGUUGAGAUAUACAAAAAGAAACAUUUCAAAAAUCUGCCGCUCUUUCAAACCUCAAAAUGCAGUAAAUAGUUGUUAAUAUUUGGGAAGAAAUCACAAAGCACUGGAUUAACUUGCAAGCAGUAGCACCCAAUUUUUUUAUUUCUCUUUUCAUGUUUACUUUUAUUUUUUAAUUUUUUGUUGUUUUUUUGUUUAUUUUGUUUUUUCGUUUUUUUUUUUUUUGUUUUUUUUUUGUUUUUUUUUUUUGGAAUUCUAGGUUGUUUUUCUAAUUCGCAAAUGCACAGACCAUUCAAUUGCACUGAACGCACAAAAACGGAAUUGGCUGUUUAAAUUAGCCCAGCAACAUGUUUAAGCAACACAUGUUGCCGGCUGUACAGCUAUGAAAUAACCAAUAUUUCUUGCUGCUGAACUGAUACGAGAGAAUUUUUAAGUUGUAUGCUGCCUGCAUUCAGGCGCUGGCAACAAAAAGAAACUAAGUCAUACUAGGUUGUGCUGAGGUCAAGCCAUGAAAUAUAUAUUUUUUUAAGAAAUGUUUGUGGAUUUUAUUUAACCAGACGGAUUUCCUAAAAAUUACAGUUGGAAUUUGCGUUUAUAAAGAUUUAAUUAAAAAAAAUUGUUUUCUAUAUAAAGUUUUUUAAUUUAUAAAAAUAUGUUUAGAACACGUGCUCUCGCCAUUUGCAUUUCGUGCUGGAAAAAUAGUCAAAUUUAUUUUAAGUAUUGAAAUUAAGACUUAGACUAAAUAUAAUUCUUUUGACAAUGGCAGAAACCUUCAAAAUAAUUUCGUCAAAAAAAUGCUUAAAUUUUAAAUGCAAAUAUGAACUAAAGAUUUGUGGGCCAUUUUUGGUUCAUUUCAACUUUUUUCUUCUCUAUGUAAAUAAUUAGUGCUGGUAAGCCAUAGAUAUUCCAAAAAAAAAAAAUAAUACAAAAUGAGUAAUUAAAUAUUCGAUAGUUUGUAUACAUAUAAGUAUGUAAUUUCAAGUGUGUGUGGUUCUUUGAACUUUAAAAACUAAUGUUUAAUUUUAAUAAUUAUUCAGUAGUCAAAGUUUUAAGCUAAAACUGAGAAUCAUCCCAAUAAAAAUAAUUUAUGAAUGAAACUAUAAAAAGAGCAGCUUAAGGAAAAUAAAAAUCUAGUAAUAUUUAAAAAUUAUAAGAAUUAGUGGUAAAUAAGUUUUAAAAUUUUAAUUUAGGUUAAAAAAAAUGUUUCGUUUUAAAAUUCAAAAACCUUAGAAAUUGAAUAAUUAAAAAAAAA